GAAAGAUUUCGGAUCAGCAUUUUUCACUCGAUGCGUUAAAAGAGCUGCGUUGAAUGUAGAAGGUGUUAAAAUUCGCGGCGGGCAAUAUUUUAUUUAGCCGAAAAAGUAUACACAAAGUUGAAGGAAAUUAGUUCUGUGGAUUCUUCUUUUUGCCUGCUCUCCUUCGGGAGACGGUGGCAGUGGUGUUAGUGUUUUUCCGAGUGUUGUACGUAUAUACGAAAGCUUGCGUGUUUUUUUUAUUCUGGUGUUGUGUCUUUUUACUACAAUCACCGCUUUCCGAAACUGACUGUGUUUUGUGCUGUUUGUAUGAGAUGAAAGUGUUUACUAAUGCCCGUCGUCGCGGUGGAUUGUUUUCCAUGAAAAUUGUAACGAAAACAGUAAUAGAAAUUAGUAAUGAUGAGUGCAAACGAUGAAAAUCGUACGAGCGAUUCGGUAGCUGGUUCGUCUUAUGCUGUAGCCAGUGCUCUGGGGAAUCUGAAGAUCCGGGACGAUUUGUUCAAGUCCGUUAAAUGCUUCGUCACAGGAACGCUUGAUCCAAAGGUUGCUAAAUUAUUGGAAGAUGGCGGAGCAUCGAUUUCCAAAUUUAUGGACUUUAUCACUCAUGUCGUAUGCGGGUUGAACUAUGAUGAAAACGAUAUAACUCAGGCUGCAGAACUCUACGACGUUCCAUCUGUUACGGAAGCUUGGGUUCUUGCAUCUGCGCGCCUCGGUCGACCGGCUUCGACGAAAGCCUACUUUCCACUUAAAUCUUCUCUGUUCAGCAAUCUAACUUUUGCUGCUAUCCAGUUAGAUAAUCGAGACUUCAAAAAGUUGUAUACAAUUGUAACAUUUUACGGGGGCUCGUUCCGGAAGGUGCUUGAUCGGCAAACGACACAUUUGAUUUCCGGUGUGGCAAAAGGGCCAAUUUAUACAAAGGCUCUCGGUGUUACUGGUUUAAUUAUUGUAACUCCAGAUUGGGUAACUGAGAGUGCAAAAAGCAAUCAUUUGCUGCCUGCUGAAAUCUAUCAUCCGCGCUUAGUGAUUACACCAAGAAUUUUCAAACAAGCUUCACAGCGACCGGCUACGCCAGUACAGAAAAUUGAACCGGAAAAACCUUUGGCUAGCAUAAUUGGUUUCGAUUUUGAAGAAAACAUCGCCAAAACAGAGGUACCAACUAGUGGUAACGGUAAAAAGGACGAAGAAGCCUCCGCACCACAAGGUAAACUGCCAGUUGCUAGUCAGAUUACCCAGGAAACGGUAAAAAACUCAGCUCCAACUCAAAACACUGCGGUUUCUGCACCUCCACAGCAGCCACAAAUCAUUCAAACCAUUCAAGGUCAACCGCAACAGGUUGCUGGCUCUAGAUUUCCAAGACCUCCAGGACCGCUACAACAACCGCAGCAGCAGCAGCAGCAACCACAGAUUCAAGAACAGCUACAACAAAUUCAACAGCAGUCACUCCAAAAUCUGAACAGACCAAACGGUCCUGCCACCAACCUGCAACAGCAACAACAGCAGCAGCAGCAGCAGCAAAUCCAUCAGCAAAUUCAACAGCAACAACAACAGCAGCAGCAGCAGCAACAGAUACAGUUCCAGCAUCAGCAUCAGCUGCAGCUUCAGCAGCAAAACAUAAAUCAACAUUUCCAGAAGAUAACAAUGCAGCAGCAGCAAAAUCAGAAUAAUCAACAGCCUCAGUCUAUGAUCCAACAACAACAACAGCAGCACCAGCAAGGGCAUUCACAAUCAAUGCAACAACCGCAGUCACAAACUCAGCAAUUAUCCAACACUUCCCAGCAGAUGCAACCACCGCAGUUACAGCAACAAUCGCAGUUACAGCAACAAUCGCAACAGCAGGUGCCAACCCAAAGUGCUGCUAUCCAACAGCAGCAAUUAUCGCAGCAGCAGCAACAACAAAUGCAACUUCAACAGCAGCAGCAGCUACACCAGCAACAAUUACAACAGCAGCAAAUUGAAUUGCAGCAGCAGCAACAACAACUACAACAACAACAACAAAUGCAGCAACAAGUUCUUCAGCAAUCAAAUCAAGCAAGUGCACAGCAAAAUAUUCAACAGCAAACGCUGCAGCAGCAGGUCCAGCACAAUGUUAAUCAAAUCCAGCAGAAAAUGGCACAGCAGCAACUUUUACAGCAACAGAAGCAAUUGCAACAACAGCAACAGCAAAUACUGCAAACACAAUCCCAACAGCAGAUGCUCCAGCAACAACAACAGCAACAGCAACAACAGCAACAGUCACAGCAGCCGCAACAACAGCAGAUUAUUCAGCAGAACCAGAUUCAAAUGCAGCAGGGUCAACCUAAUCAAAUCAUUCAACAAGUUAUCCAACAGCCUGGGCAACCAAAACAGAACAUUCAAGUUGUGUUUAAGGGAGCGCAAAAUCUGCAACAACAACAGCAACAAUUACAACAACAGCAGCAUCAGCAAACUCAGCAACAGCAACAAAUACAGCAAAUUAUGUCAAACUUGACUGCAGGUACGGAAGCAUCGAAUGUACAACAACAGAAAAUCAUUCGACAGAUUACGAUUAAUCAAGGGCCUCCAGGAAGUGUUCCACAGCCGCCACCAUCCCAACAGCAAAUUCAGAUAGGUCAGCAACAAAUUCAGCAUCUCCCGGGACAGAUUCCGCAACAACCACAGCAGCAGCAGCAGCAGCAACAACAACAACAGCAACAACAGAUGAUGAUACAGAGAACCCUAUCACAGCAGCAAAUGGCCAAUCAAUCUGCUAAUCAGCCCACUACCCCUGGUGGUGGUCAGAUGAUUCAACAACAAAAUUUACAGCAAUUGCAAACUGCUCCAGGCCAACAGCCAAAGAUCAUUCAGCAAACAAUUAUCCAUCCUCCGAUUUCGUCAAACUAUCAAACCAUCACCAAGCAGUUGAUUGUGGGACAACCCUCGGGUCAGCAGUCGCAACAGCAGCAGCAGCAGCAACAACCGUCGCAGCCGCAACAACAGCAACAGCAAAUUCUCCAACAGCAGCAGCAAAUGCAAAAACCAGGAUCUGGCCCUGGACCGGGACCCCAGCAGGGACCUCCGCAACAGAUCGUCCAGCGCAUUGUACAACAGCAAGUUUUACAGGGACCGCCAGGCAGCAAUCCAUCCGGUAAUCAACAGCAGAAUAUUGUCAUCAUUAAUCAAAGCGGCAAUCAGCAACAAAUUAUCACUUCUUCGUCAGGUCCGCUAGCCGGUCAAAUGCAAGCCAUGACCCAGCAGCAGCGAAUUCAGUACAUGCAAACACUGCAACAGCAAAAGCAACAGCAAACGCAGCAAAUCAUUGUAAGUGGUCCAGGUUCCAAUCAGCAAGGUCAGAUUUUGCAGCAAACAGGCCAAAAUGUUGUGCACAUCCAGCAAAGAUCGUUGCAACAGAGUCUCAAUCAGCAGCCAAGCAUGCCUGGGCAAUCACAAUCGCAACAGCAACAGCAAUCGAUGUUGACGUCCGUGGGAACCGGCAUGAUGCCAGGUCAGCAAUCUGGACCCCCGCAGCAGCAGCAAACAAUCGUUGUUCAGCAGCAACAAAUGAUCCCCAACCAGCAACCAACCAUUAUACAACAGCAGAUGCUCGCCCAGCAGCAACAGCAGCAGCAGCAGCAACAAUCACAACAGCAACAGCAGCCGCUGAUAAUUCAAGGCUCCCAGCCUGGUCAACCACAGCAGCAGAUCAUACAGCAAACACUUUCAACCAGUGGAGGAACAGUUCAUCAGCUGCUGCAGCAGCCUGGUCAACCACCAGGACAAGGUCCAACCAUUUUGCAACAUCAAAUCGUGAGCCAAGGUCCCGCGCCGCCGCCCCAAACAAUAGACGGUCAAAUAAUGCAACAAACCGGGCCCGGAGGAGAACUAAUCCAACAGCAGCAACUAAUGCCCGGUCAACAGCCUGGACAACCUCAGCAACAACAAUGGACCCCACAAAGUCCCAUUCAACAACAGCCCAAUCAGUCACCGAUUCAGCAAUUCCAGCAGCAAUCGCAAGGAAUUCCCGCAGGCGCUACAAUUAUUCAGCAGACAAUUGUCCCACCCGGGACGCCCGUUCCGGGACCAGCGGGAGUUGCUCCUGGUCAACCUGGUGGUCCGCCACAGUUUAUUAGAUCCACUCUAAGACCGCAGGUCCAACGGCAGUACAUUCAGUUGGAUCCACAAACUCACGCCGCUCUUCAGAAGAUGGAUCCGGCUAGCCGUCAGGAGUACAUCGAUAGACUACAAGCCAAACAACGGGUGCUAAUGCAAAGACAGCAGCAGGCAGCUGCAUUUCAAGCUCGUCCCGGUCAUCCUGGAGCUCAACCCGGCGUUCGUCAGCAGCAAAUCAUCUACCGGGGUCCGAUGCCACCAGGGCUGAACCAACAGCAACAAAUGCAGUGGAUACAACAGCAAAAUGCUCGGCAAGGCGUGGUACGUCCCGGUGCACCUGGCCUCAGUCCUAUCACUCAACAGAAUGUAGUUCCUCCGGGAUCUCCGAUGGGCCAAUUUCCAGUUGAUCCCAACGUCUCCCCACAACAACAACAGCAGCAGCAGAGAAUGCAACUUGAGCGACAACAGCAGCAACACAGAUUGCUUCAAAUGCAGCUGCAAAGGGAACAAGCUCAGAAGGGUGUCCAAGGUCAACCGCAACAAGGUCAAGCCAUUUCUCCGCGUGGUGCCGGAUUUCCUUCGGAGGUUGCCAUCGGUGACGGAACGGCGACAAUUGUACAGCAAACCAUUGUUGGUUCUCCAGUGGGACAACCCGGACAAGAUCCGAACGUUCCGCCCGGUGCACAGCAGAUGAAGAAUCAAACAAAAACCGCCCUAGCAAAUAUGCUCAGCAAUCGACUUGGAUCGAACGGGAACGUGGUUCCUAACCUUCCGGAGGGUACGCCUCCUUCCGAACCAUCUGCCGCCGGCACGCUACGAAUGAUGACCGCACAGCACAAUGCCGCUCUCCAGCAAACCAUGACGCCUCGAUCACCUCAGGAUUUAAUCGUACUACAGCAGCAACAGCAACGUCGCACCCUGGGGAACAUUACUAAUUCGGGAGCUCCGGUGUGCACCGUAGUUAACCAAAUCGUGCAACAAGUACCGCCCGGAACUCCCGGCAUUCCUCAGUCCCCAUCCAGCCUGAAAGGCGCUCCACCUUUUAGCCCGGGACGGGCACCUCUUCCUCGACCCCAGUACUACGGACAUAAUCCCAACCUCAAGCUACCGCCAGAAUUGUUCCUUCUAGAGUGCGUAUUUUUCAUCAUCGAAUACGACGAAACCCACAAAAACGACAUUGAAGACUGGAAAACGAUCAUCCGGAAACAUGGCGGUAAAAUUGAACAAUUCUACAGUCCCAAGGUGACCCACGUUCUAUGCCGAACCCAACGGCAUGGCGUCGUAAUGCAGGCCAUUAGGGACGCGAAACGGUGCAUAACGUCGUAUUGGCUGAACGAUAUCGUACUGAAAAAACAACUGCUUCCACCGUGGCAAGCGCUCCAUCUUCCAACGCCAUCGAUUUUCGGCAAUCAGAAACCUGCUCCGAAGCACAACAUGUCCAUCACCGGGUUCGAAGGGGAUGAACGAAUCCGCAUCAAACAGAUGAUCGAGGAAUCCGGUGCCAAGAUGACGCCCUACUUCAGCAAAUCCAACACGGUACUGGUAUGCAAACGCAUCGACAACCAGAAGUAUAAGUAUGCGAAAGAUUGGAACAUCCCGACGGUCAAUACGGUCUGGUUGAGUGACAUCCUGCUCGGGAAUCUCAGUGCAAUGCAACAGUGUGACGGGCCCAAGUAUCAGCAGUUCAACCUAAGCUGCCCAUUUCGGAUCGACUACAAUCUUGUUAUGCAUUUGAUGACUGCGUGGAAAUCGCCUAUUAAUCUAACCCCAGAAUCGCACGAACGCGUCAAACGGAGCUUGUCGGAACCUCCACAGCCGGCGCCGCCGGCGAAAAAACCUCGGACACUUCCACCUUUGGAGCCUGUUCCCGCGGAGAUCGUUUGUCAACGACAACCGGAUGCCGAAAACAUACCGAACAUUCUGUUCUCUCAAAUCGAUAACACGGAAGGACUAACGCGGGCUGUCAUGACUCUUGGUGGCCGGAUAGCCAACGGACCGGCGGACGCUACUCAUCUGGUGAUGACCCGGGUUGCGCGAACGGUGAAGCUGAUAACAGCCCUGACCAGUAUCAAAUACCUGCUUUCGAGCAAGUGGAUUACGGACAGCGCCAAUGCCGGGUACUUUCUUCCCGUUGACGCUUACCGAUUGGACGUGAAAGACCUGGAUGAACAGUUCAAGUGUGAACUGCACAAAGUGCUGGAAAUGUCGAACCGAAACAAACUGUUUGAGGGGAAAAUCUUCUUCGUCACUCCACAGGUGAAACCAUCCCUGAAGGAUGUAAAACAGAUGAUCGAACUCAGUGGGGGUGUGGUGGAGAAGAGUGCUCGUCCGUUGAAAAAGAUUCGGGAAGCAAAUUUGGACAAACCGGGCAGUUACGUUAUCGUCAGUUGCCCAGAAGACCGGAUCCUCAUUCAACCUUUCAUCCAGAAGGGAAAGCACGGCGUGUGCCAGAUUUGCACGACCGAGUACGUGAUGCAGUCGAUUUUGCAGCAGAAGCUAGCCAUCGAGCCGCAUAUCAUCAAGUGGGAACUGGUGCCGUAGGAUGUAGGAUGUGUGCACAGUUUGAAUCACAAGCAAUAGUGUGUGCGAAAACUGAGAUUCAUUUAAAAUGCUAUUGAAUAGUGAAAAGCUUAUUAUAAAAAAGUACUACCAUUGGAAGGGAUUUAUCUCAGAGAAGUAUAUUGUGGAAUGAAAGUUAUGUAAACUUUAUUUUAUCAACUAAAGUUACUAUAUCAAGAAGAUAUAUUUUCGAUGAAAAAGAAAAAAACCAGACGUGUAUAAAUCUGAUUUAACAUAUAUAUACGAAGUCAGUAGAUAAUCGAUGGAACAUAGUUAAGUUAAAUGCCGUCGGCCGUAAGUUAAUUCUAAAAAUAUAAGAAAUAACACUAUAGUAGAAAUCACGAGUGCAUUUUAUCUCUUAUACACAUAUAACAGUGAACGGAAACAGUCUACAAGCUGGACGACACCACGGAUAAUUACGAAUAUGAAUUACACAAGAAAAUGAAAUGACGUUAUUUGAAUACAAAGCGAUAAAUUA